AUGACCACCAAGCCUUUUAUACCGUCGACCCGUAGAACUAGCCUUGCCAAGCAUGCUAUGAAUAAGCAAAUAAUUUUUGCUGCUCUUCUGGCUUUCGCUGCAGCUAAGCCACUAGUAGUAGAAUAUCCGCUGGCAUCUGUAGCUUAUUCCUCACCGAUAGCAGUUGAUUAUACUAUUCCAGCAUAUUAUCCUGAGUACGCUUCAGCAUAUGACUACGCAGCAUAUACUUACCCAUAUAGUUAUUAUAUCGUCCUCGUCUUCGCGCUCGUCUCCAUGGUAUCAGCCAAGCCAGCUCUGGUCGCCGCUCCUCUGGUGGCCGCUCCAGCUCCUAUUGUGACAGCCAGCAGCUCUCAGUACUUCCACCGCAUUAACAAUGGUCUCGCUGCCUACGUCGCUGCUCCUGCCGCCUACGUUGCAUCAGCUCCCUAUGUAGCUGCCUCCUCUCCUUAUAUCGCCGCGUCACCUUAUGUAGCAUCUCCCUAUGUCGCGUCUCCCUACGUCGCUUCCCCUGCUGUUGUUGCUGUCUAA